UUCAUGAAGCAGGUCAGACGGGGAGGGGAAGUGGGCCACGGAGAGGGCAGGGGAUUGUUUGACUUCAUCCUGUUAGGAGAAUGGAGAAGGAAGUAGAAAUGACAGUAGAUGCAGUGUUCACACUCUGCUGUCGCCCUGUGAAAACAGUCACCGCGAUAGUGGAUGUCGGCAAACCUGCCAAGACAUCAACCACGUUUUAAUUCAGCCCCAGCAAUGUUGGGUGUCUGUCUUCAAACGAUCCAGUCACCCUCACUCUAUUCACUCCUUCUAACAGUCGUCUCUCUGUCCCUCUCCCCGCUACAAUCCUGCACCCGAUCACCCUCCGCACACACACACAAACCCCUCUGCCUUGACCACAGCACAGUGACCUCACCCCAUUUGUUGCUCAUUGGUCUCUGCGGGGAUGCAAACUAGGUGGACUAGACAUUUGAUUGGAUAAUGCAGGGAAAUCCCAGGGAAACCCCUCCCAUUCCUUAUGUUCGUCCGAAAACACAAGGAUUGAAUGUCUACUGUCUUGCCUGCAUGUUGCAUCAGACAAAAACAUGGUUAAAUAGACCGUUUCCGCUGUGUUGGAGCAUUUUGGAUUCCAGAUUUCCUUUUUGUGCAGACUCUCUGCAGGAGAAGAAACGGCAGCAGAUAGUUAGGAGACAAUACUUUUGCUUUGCAUUGGUUUUGGAUGUACAAGUUGAGUUUUUGAAGUAUUAGAAGAGGCAUUAUCAAAAUUUUGGAUGCUUUUCAUUUCACAUUUUUGAUCUUUUAUUUUUAUUUUAUUUUUAUUUUUGGUGGUCCUCUUUUUUUUUUUUUUUUCGUGUGCAAACUUUAGAAUAUGAUCAAAAGCUUUACUCCUGAACACAACAACCAGAUAGCCAGCGUUGAGUUGCAGCACGAAAAGCUUAGUCACUUUAAAUUCCACCGACCCAAAACAGAACUGAUAAUCAGUCGAGCAAGCGAAGGGAAAAAUGCUACUUAAAAAGAAGAGACUUACUUUUGUCCCGGAUGAGGAAAAAUGCCAAGCCAUCUUCUCUGCAGUAGCUGGCUACAUGAAGCACCUCGAAGUUAAAAACAGGGCAGGCGAUAGUAAGAAGUCGAAAAGAGGCUUCCCGUGGAUUAAGAAGAAUCAUGAUCCUCCAAAGCCCAAGAGUAAUAGGGGGUUCCAUGUUCCUAACUGGAUUGGAGGCAGUAUGGAAGUCAAACUAAAAGAUAAUGAAGUGGAUAAAGAUGUCAAGGGAAAGGAAAUUAAAGGGGGUUCUGCCCGAGGCUCGUUGACAGAAACUCCAGUUCCUUCCAUCAAAAAACCUGAAAGCUCACCCUCGGUGCCUAACGUGGAGUCCCCUGGACCUUUAAGCAGCAACCCGAUUACCACCAGCAACAACACAGAGCUCACUCCGAAUGAUGGCCAGCCAGGCAACUGCUUAGAGCUUCCCACUCCGACAGAUGGACCCCUUCCAGAGAUGGGAGCCGGGGUUUCUGUCGUCGAGCACAGUUCGGCCCACGAUGCUCACCCGGAAGAGUCGGACAAAGACAGUUUGGAAGGACCGAAUUUCCUUUCCGAUGCGCCUAGCCAGUCCCCAACAAGCCCCUCCCCACAGUUGGAGGAGAUUGACCCCCGCCUGCAGGAGCUGGAGCUGGACCCGCCCAGCUGGAGGCAGCAGGCAGCCCCUCAGGUCCUGAAGGGCCUCAGCUCGAAGGAGACCAAGAGGCAGGAAGUUAUAAACGAGCUGUUUGCCACGGAGCACGCCCACGUGAGAAUGCUGAGCGUGCUUCAGUCGGUGUUCGCCAAACCGUUGGAGAAAGAGGAACUCCUGACUUCCAUAGAGCUUGACACCAUUUUCCCAAACCUUGAGGAGAUCAUUGAAAUGCACUUUAACCUCUAUGAAAACCUGAAGAAACUGCGUAUAAAUGACAACUUCAUUGUCAAACGCAUCAGCCCCACGUUGCUCAACAGAUUUGAUGGCACCGAAGGAGAGUGGUUCCAGAAACUGACCUCCAGGUUCUGCAGUCACCAGACCUGGGCCCUGGAUCAGAUCAAGCAAAGACAGAAGAAAGAGCCCCGCUUCAACUCCUUCAUACAGGACGCAGAGAGCAAGCCGCAGUGCCGCAGGCUGCAGCUCAAGGACAUUAUUCCCACAGAGAUGCAGAGGCUUACAAAGUAUCCACUGCUGCUGGAAAAUAUUGCAAAAAACACAGUGGACCCGGAGGAGAAGGAGGGCGUCCAUCAGAGUGCAGAGUGCUGCAGGAAGAUCCUCAACCAUGUCAACGAAGAAGUCAAAACAAUGGGCAACAUGUUGGCCCUGAAGGAGUACCAGAAAAAACUGGACGUAUCAGGGCUGAAAGCCAGAAAUGAGCUGUAUACUGAAUAUAAGAACCUCGACUUGACCCAGAGGAGGAUGCUCUUUGAAGGUCCGCUGAUCUGGAGAGUCACCAAAGAGAAGGCUGUUGAUGUGCAGUGCUUGCUGCUGGACGAUCUGCUGGUCCUUGCCCAAAAGCAGGAAGACAAGGUGGUGCUCAAAUGCCAGAAUAAGAGCAACAGCGCCGUGCAGGAUGGCAAGCCGAUGAGCCCGAUUAUAAAGCUGGACUCGGCUUUCCUCCGUGAAGUGGCGACAGAUCGAAAGGCGUUCUAUGUGAUAUUUACAUGGGAAAGUGGUGCUCAGAUCUAUGAGCUGGUGGCUCAGUCUGUUGGAGAAAUGAAAACUUGGACUGAUUUGAUAAAGUCAACGGUUGAUGACCUGAAGAGAAGCGGAGUGACCUUGAGGUUGCCUAUUCCUGUACCUGGGAGUUCUCCUCUCAGUCCCUCCACGCCGACUGCUCCGAUAAGUCUGUCUGAGAAUGGAGGUUCGAAGAGCAUCAGUGAUCAAGACAAGGACAGCGUGACGGGCGACAAACCUGAACGUCCGAGGGAUAAGCUGAUGGAGAUGUUGACCGAAAGGGGCCUUGUUCAUCUGUUAGAUCCCUCCAGCUGCGAGCAGGAGAAGGUGGCUGACAGUGCUCUGGAUGAAGUCAUGUCACUGAAAAGGUUGCUGAUCGGCAGCAUCAGUCUGUCGGAAGACUCCCAGCCCGAUGAAGAGCAUGAAGAGGAGCAACCGGAGAAGCCUUCUCAGGAAACAGAUAGCUCUCAGCCGACAGACGAAAGUGAGUCUACAGACAGAGGGUAUAUGCAGGUGAACACCAGCCCUUCUAGGAGGGAAGACGGAGCCAAAAAAGAAGAUGAAGACGCGAGCAUCAGUGCCCCUCUGGUCUUGUCCCAGGAGAGAAUGGACGAAGUGUACAGGAUGCUGCACAGCCUGCAGAAAAAGAUACAAAGACUACAGGCUGUUGAAGAAGAGCGCCACAAGCUGAACGAGGUGCUUUCUGAGUUGUCGCUAGAAGGCGGUAACUUCCAGUAAGACGCCAUUUUGCCACCUGCUGGCAACAAGGUUUUCUUCUGGCUUUUGUUUGGAGCGAAUUGACUUUCAGAGGCUUUCCAAGAACUUUCAUCCCCCUAACCCCCCCCCACACCCACACCCCCACCUCCACCACCCAGAACAUCUUGCCUGGAUCCAAGCUGCCACCAUUACAUCUUUGUAUCAGAGCUGUUUGCUGCCAAAGCAGGAAGUUUUCUGCCUUCCAGACGAGUGUAAUGGCUUUGUUCACAGUGCAGUAGUUCAGUGAUGGAGCGUGGGAGGAGUGUGCCUGUGUAUGCUUUAGUCUGUUUGGGUGCAUGUUUGAAACAAUGGUAUGGAACAGAGGAAAGAAAAGGAGGUAUCCUGCUUUUUUUUUUUUUUUUUUUUUUGCAGAGACGUGUCAAAAGUAAUGAAGCAAUAUUUUUGUGUGAGAGACAUGCUGCCUAAUAAAACGUAGUCUUUUUUUUUUUUUUUUCCUGCUGUAACACACAUACGCACACCUGGGACAUGUAUGCUGGAACAUAAUUGACAGUAAUGCCAAGAAUAACAAUGUACAGGAAAAAGAAACCCUUAAAGGGUUAAUGUAGCAUUAGAAGGUUUAUAUAUAUAUAUAUAUAUAAAAAAAACUACUGCUGGUAUGUAUUAUUUCUAGUUUAUGCCAAAGUACAACAUAGAAGCACUUUUUGUUUAUCUGAUCAAAUCGCAAAAUUUCUUAUUUAAACUCUGUUUCAGCCGUGAUUCAUGGUUUUUGAUCUGUUGGGAUUCUUUAAUCGAAAGAGUCAUGCGAGAGCGUGUGUGUAUGUGUGUUACUAGGUUUUUAAUUAGCAUGUUUAUUUGGAUUGCUUUGUUCCUGUUAUUCUCAGUUAAAACAUUCACGUGCAGCGGCACUAUAGCUAAUCAUGCUGUCGGUAAUGGAGACGUGUUUUGUAUGUACUGCUUUUAUUUAUUCCUCUGAGGAUUAUUUUUUCUUUUUAGGUCUGCAAGUUGCCUCAUCUUAUCGAUACGGUUACAACACUGGGCCAGAAAGAGGCGAGGCGAGGGCGGCGGGUGUAAAAGUUGGACAGGGGCGAAAUAAGUAAUCCUGGGAUAUGUGAUGCACAUCAAAGGUGGAAAGAGAGAAAAACUCGUAGGCGUAAGAAGGUUUGGAGUUUUUUUUUUUUUAUGUUUUCCUUUGGAUAGCUUGAACUAGAAGGUCAUGAGAAGACUGUGAGGAGAACCUGAGAUUAGGAUUUGUGCUGAUGAAAUAUGAGCACGCACACACCUACG